CUUCAUGUCAAAUCCAGUUUGGAGUACAAACCAGAGGACCACGCAGAAAGGCUCCUGACCCCAUGGCCAUGGGUGGCAAUGGUGGGCAGGCUGGCGCCCAUACCUAUCAAUCCUUAGCUGAAGAUUGUCCCUUUGGCUCUGUGGAGCCACCCAAAAGACCCACAGGGAGACUCGUCAUGCAUAGCAUAGCCAUGUUCGGCCGAGAGUUUUGCUAUGCAGUGGAGGCAUCUUAUGUGACCCCGGUCCUGCUCAGUGUGGGCCUACCCAAGAGCCUGUACAGCAUGGUUUGGCUCCUCAGCCCUGUGCUGGGGUUCCUGCUGCAACCCGUGGUAGGAUCAGCCAGUGACUACUGCCAGUCCAGGUGGGGCCGCCGGAGACCCUACAUCCUCACUCUGAGCAUCAUGAUGCUCGUGGGGAUGGCCCUGUACCUCAAUGGAGAUGCUGUUGUAUCAGCUUUGAUUGCUAACCCAAGGAUGAAGCUGGUUUGGGCCAUAAGCAUCACCAUGAUAGGUGUGGUUCUCUUUGAUUUUGCUGCUGACUUUGUUGAUGGGCCCAUCAAGGCUUACUUAUUUGAUGUCUGCUCCCAUCAGGACAAGGAGAAGGGUCUCCACUACCAUGCCCUCUUCACAGGUUUUGGAGGUGCUCUGGGUUACCUUUUGGGUGCCAUAGACUGGGCCCACCUGGAACUGGGAAGAGUGAUGGGCACAGAAUUCCAGGUCAUGUUUUUCUUCUCUGCCUUGGUGCUCACUUUGUGUCUUAUUAUUCAUCUGUUCAGUAUUCCUGAAACCCCACUUACAGAUGGUGCAAAAGACAUUGCCCCACAGCAAGCCCCUGGGGACCCUCAGUUGUCAUCAGAUGGAUUGCAUGAGUACGGUUCUAUUGAGAAAGUUAAAAACGGUUAUGCAAACCCAGAGCUGGCAAUGCAGGGAGGAAAAAACAAAAAAUCUGCUAAACAGACUCCUCAGAGGGCAGUGACCAUUAAGUCACUCCUGAGGGCACUGGUGAACAUGCCUUCCUAUUACCGCUGCCUUUGCAUCAGCCACCUCUUUGGAUGGACUGCCUUCCUUUCCAACAUGCUUUUCUUCACAGAUUUCAUGGGCCAGAUUGUGUACCAUGGAGAUCCCUAUAGUGCGCACAACUCCACUGAGUUUCUGAUCUACCAAAGUGGAGUCGAGGUUGGAUGCUGGGGCUUGUUCAUCAAUUCUGUGUUUUCUUCACUUUAUUCUUACUUUCAGAAAGCUUUGGUUUCCUACAUUGGAUUAAAGGGUCUUUACUUCGUGGGAUAUUUUCUGUUUGGUCUGGGUACGGGAUUCAUAGGACUCUUCCCAAAUGUCUACUCAACCCUGGUCCUGUGUGCCUCAUUUGGUGUAAUGUCCAGCACUCUGUACACUGUGCCCUUUAACCUCAUCGCUGAGUACCACCGUGAGGAGGAGAAAGAGAGGCUGCAGUCCCCAGGAGGGGACCCAGGAAGCAGUGGGCGAGGGAAGGGCAUAGACUGUGCUGCUCUCACAUGCAUGGUGCAGCUGGCUCAGAUCCUGGUUGGAGGUGGCCUGGGCUUUCUGGUCAACACAGCCGGGAGUGUCGUCGUUGUGGUGAUCACGGCCUCUACGGUGGCAUUGAUUGGCUGUUGCUUCGUGGCUCUCUUCGUUAGAUAUGUGGAUUAGCUCAAUAAAGUGAUAUUAACCAAACUUCAGAA